CCAACUCGGGUUCAGCUCUCGCGAGAAGUCAAUCCAGGAACACGGGGGUACUGAUCCCAGGUCUGUCUCCUCGUCCAAAGCUGUCGGCGUUUACAUUGGAGAUCGUAAAUCCCAACUGCAACUCAGCCAGCCGAAUGAAACCAACCUUCAGAGUGAGAAGAAUGAAUUAUGGGACGGCGUUGCUGUGGAAACGACGGGCUCUGUCGGGUCUGAGCGCGACGCGGCGCGGGCUCCCCAAAGAGAAAAUGCCCGAGAACGGAGCGUCGGCCCGGGCGAAGGUGUUGACCCUGGACACCAUGAACCCCGCGGUGAAGAAGGUGGAGUACGCCGUGCGGGGGCCCAUCGUGCAGCGGGCCGUGGAGCUGGAGAGGGAGCUCUCUGAGGGAAUCAAGAAGCCUUUUACCGAGGUCAUCAAGGCCAACAUUGGCGACGCGCAUGCUAUGGGCCAGCAGCCAAUCACUUUCUUCCGACAGGUGUUGGCGCUGUGCUCCUACCCCGAGCUGCUGAACGACAGCACGUUCCCCGAGGAUGCUAAGAGUAGGGCGCGCCGCAUUCUUCAGUCCUGCGGAGGGAACAGUAUGGGCUCCUACAGUGCCAGUCAGGGCAUAGACGCCGUGCGCCAGGACGUGGCCCGCUACAUCGAGCGAAGAGAUGGCGGCGGGCCCUGCGACCCAGACGACGUUUACCUCACCACGGGGGCCAGCGACGGCAUCGUGACCAUGCUGAAGCUGCUGGUGUGCGGCAAGGGUGCGACGCGCACGGGCGUCAUGAUCUCCAUCCCCCAGUAUCCGCUGUACUCUGCCGCUCUGGCCGAGCUGGACGCGGUUCAGAUCAACUAUUACCUCAACGAGGAGAAGUGCUGGAGUCUGGACAUCAGUGAGCUGCAGCGGGCCCUCGAUGAGGCCCGGCGCCACUGCAACCCUCGAGCCCUGUGCAUCAUCAACCCUGGAAACCCCACCGGUCAGGUCCAGAGCAGACAGUGCAUUGAGGACGUAAUCCGAUUUGCAGCCCAGGAGCGUCUCUUCCUCAUGGCUGAUGAGGUGUACCAGGAUAAUGUGUAUGCCGACGGUUGCCGGUUCCACUCUUUUAAGAAGGUUCUGUUUGAAAUGGGGCCAGAGUACUCGGACACGGUGGAGCUGGCUUCUUUCCACUCCACCUCCAAAUGUUACAUGGGAGAGUGUGGCUUCCGUGGAGGCUACAUGGAGAUCAUCAACAUGGACGAGGAAGUGAGGGCCCAGCUGUCCAAGCUGGUGUCUGUCCGUCUGUGUCCCCCAGUUCCUGGACAGGCGCUCAUGGACCUGGUGGUCAACCCCCCGCAGCCCGGCGAACCCUCACAUGAGAAGUUUAUCAAGGAGCGCACGGCCACGAUAAGUGCCUUAGCAGAGAAGGCCAAGCUUACAGAGCAGGUUCUCAAUACUGUUCAAGGCAUCAGCUGCAAUCCGGUGCAGGGCGCCAUGUACUCCUUCCCUCGCAUCACCAUCCCUGAAAAGGCCGUCAAAGAGGCCACGGACAAAGGUCAGCAGCCCGACAUGUUUUACUGCAUGAAGAUGCUGGAGGAGACGGGCAUCUGCCUCGUGCCCGGAAGUGGCUUCGGCCAGCGGGAUGGAACCUACCACUUCAGAAUGACCAUCUUGCCGCCGAAAGACAAGCUGACGACCCUGCUGAACAAGGUCAAGGAGUUCCACCAGAAAUUCCUGCAGCAGUAUUCUUAAAUUGCCAUGUUCCUCCUACUUAUGGAGAGGAACCCACCAAUCAAAAUGAAAGCAACUCAGCCAAUCAGAAUUGAUCUGUCACUAAUAAGUGCCUUUCCUGCGCCGGCUCCAGUGGUCUCUGUGAUGACGCACUUCAGCCUGUACACAUUCACAGACUGAUUUCAAACCUGUUUCAGUAAACAAAACAAAGCGGGACACGAAGAAAUGAAGUGAGAGACUUGUGUAAGGUUUGGAUGUAGGUACUGUAGCUCUGUGCGUUGGUGUUUUGCCUUUAUGAAAACCACGCUGAAACGAACGGGUACAAUUGAGGGAAACGGUGACGCAGUUAAAACCUUUUAGUAGACGUACAACUGGUUGAAAUAUUACAUUCCCGCCGGCAGUACUUGACUGGUUGAAUGUGCAGAAAAGGUCUGUUUGCAUGCUGAUUUUAAUAAAGGUAACAGGCCAUCAUGUCUCGUUAUUUGAGAAAGAGCAGUCGGUUUAGAGUUUGUGUUGACAAAUAGUUCAUUUUCCUUUUGACUGAAUGGGUUUGUGUUAUUAAAGCAGUCUGGUUCAUUUUGACCACUGGUCAAAGUUUUUAAGUUACAGUUCCUCAUACUGUCAUUAAAUGAAAAAAUUUGA